AUGGGGGGAAUGGGGAAAACAACUCUUGCUCAACUUGUUUAUAAUGAUGAAAAUGUCAAAUCUCAUUUUGACAAGAGAAUAUGGGUCUGUGUCUCGGACCCUUUUGAAGAGAUCAAGAUUGCUCAAGCUAUCAUUGAAGAAAUAGAUAAAGAUAAUAGUUCAAAAAGCUCAAAUGUGUUGCAAACCCUGACGCAAUGUAUAGAUAAAUUGAUUGAGGGUAAAAAGUUUCUCCUAGUUUUAGAUGAUGUUUGGAGCCCAAACUCUGAUCAAUGGGAAGAAUUGAUCAAACCUUUACAUAAUGGUGGUAUAGGAAGUAGGAUAUUGGUGACCACUAGAAAGGAGGAGGUUGUUACUUUAAUGAAAGCAACAACUCAAUUGAUCCAUUUGAAGGAGUUGGGUGAAGCAUUUUGUUUGUCAUUGUUCUAUUACAGUGCAGACAUGGAUGAGAGUAGUGUGUCCACCGAGUUUAAAAAUAUUGGAUCAGAGAUUGUGAAAAGGUGCAAUGGGUUGCCUCUUGCUGCAAAGACAUUAGGAAGCCUCAUGCGUAAUAAGAAAAAGAUUCAUGAAUGGCAAGCUGUUUUAAAGAGUAAGACAUGGGAAUUGAAAGAGAUUCAACAAGAUGUUUUUUGA